AUGAUCAAGUCAAACAUCAUAUUUACCAUGUCGAUUCUCUCGCCGUUCCUUCUUCAGGGAGUCUUGAGCUGUCGACAGGCCAUCGCCACGUACUCUAAGCAUUAUGAGUGCAAUCUUAAGAAGUUCGAAUCCGCCAUUACCCAGGACUGUCAGAAGCUGGCAGCAAGCAUCGGAAAGGCAGGUCCAAAGUUCGCAGAGCCGCCCACCGUGGACAGCGUGGAAUGUCUCGAAUGUGACGCCGAUGGCGAAGCGAGAAAGUGCCGCUGCCUUCUCACGUCGUGGCGUUUCCGCGACUGGGAGGCGGAGCCAGCCAAAUUUCAGGAUUUUGAGUAUGAGUACUGGAGAGUCAUGGAAAAUGGAAAGUUGGAUGUGAGCUGUGAUUAG